CACUCUUUCAGCCAGUCGCUCGCGAGCUGUCGUUGCGCGAACAUUCGAAAAGUCCGCGCCACAACAGGGCAAGAAGAUCCGUUCGUCGGUGUGUGCUGCACUAACCGAGAAAGAAUCUGAUCCAAAUCGUCGUCCACCGGCGCACCGUUUCCUCGGGUCACACGGGUCACAGGGAAUCCGUCGUUUCAUUAUUUGGACCUAGUGCCGCUCUCACUCACUCUACCAUCUUCGCCUAGCGGUUGUUCGACAAAACCACCGUCAAAAUGCAUCGCGCAAGAACGGCUCUCCAUAUGGUGAACCCGAUGGGUCAGCAGAACUUUGGCUCGUUUCUGCUAAAGAAACAAGCCUCCAAGCUGACCACGGAACUGGUUGCCGCCUCGUCCGUAAAGCUGUACAACUCCGCCGCAGCAGAACCAUUCCUGAAUGGUUCGUCGUCAAACUACAUCGACGAUAUGUACAAUGCGUGGCUGCGGGAUCCGGCCUCCGUGCAUGCGUCCUGGGAUGCAUAUUUCCGCAACAAUUCCUACGCAGCACCACCGAGCCUAGCGCCGGUGCCGAAGAAUCAUGUCCCCGCCGCACAGUAUCUCGGCAGCUCGCUGCCAGCCGUGGCCGGCGCUGGCGCCGCCGUCGGUGGACGUAUCGACGAUAAGCUCAUUGAUGAUCAUCUUGCAGUGCAAGCCAUCAUUCGUAGCUAUCAGAUCAGAGGGCAUAAUGUGGCCCGUCUUGACCCGCUCGGCAUCAAUAGUGCAGACCUGGACGAUAAAACUCCACCGGAGUUGCUGUACUCGUCCUACCGUUUCGUACACCAACGGAUCUUGGAGUGUGUAAGCAAUGAAGAUCGGCAGCUGCUGCUGGGGAUGAAGGAAGCCGACAUGGAGCGCGUCUUCAAGCUGCCGAGCACGACGUUCAUCGGUGGCAAGGAAAAGUUCCUGCCGCUGCGCGAAAUUCUCGGCCGGCUGGAGAAGGCGUACUGCAACAAAAUCGGCGUCGAGUUCAUGUUCAUCAACUCGCUCGAGCAGUGCAACUGGAUCCGCGAGCGCUUCGAAACGCCCAACAUCAUGACGUACACGAACGAGGAGAAGCGUCUCAUUCUGGCCCGUCUGACGCGUGCGACCGGGUUCGAGGCGUUCCUGGCGAAGAAGUUCUCGUCCGAGAAGCGGUUCGGUCUGGAGGGCUGCGAGAUCAUGAUUCCCGCGAUGAAGGAGGUGAUCGACGUGUCGACCCGGCUCGGCGUCGAGUCGAUCAUCAUGGGCAUGCCGCAUCGUGGCCGCCUGAACGUGCUGGCCAACGUGUGCCGCAAGCCGCUGCACCAGAUCUUUACGCAGUUCGCUGGUCUGGAGGCGGCCGAUGAUGGCUCCGGUGAUGUGAAGUACCAUCUCGGCACGUACAUCGAGCGUCUGAACCGUGUGACGAACAAGAACAUUCGGCUGGCGGUCGUCGCCAACCCGUCCCAUCUGGAGGCGGUCGAUCCGGUGGUGCAGGGCAAGACGCGGGCGGAGCAGUUCUACCGCGGCGACGGCGAGGGCAAGAAGGUAAUGUCGAUCCUGCUGCACGGUGAUGCUGCGUUCUGCGGCCAGGGUGUGGUGUUCGAGACGAUGCACUUGUCCGACCUGCCCGACUACACCACGCACGGUACGAUCCACAUCGUGGUGAACAACCAGAUCGGCUUCACGACCGAUCCGCGCCACUCGCGCUCGUCGCCGUACUGUACGGAUGUGGCGCGCGUCGUCAAUGCACCCAUCUUCCACGUGAACGGAGACGACCCGGAGGCGGUGAUGCACGUGUGCAAGGUGGCGGCCGAAUGGCGUGCCACCUUCCACAAGGACGUGAUCAUCGACAUCGUGAGCUACCGGCGCAACGGACACAACGAGAUCGAUGAGCCGAUGUUCACGCAGCCGCUGAUGUACAAGAAGAUCCGCGGCACCAAGCCGGCGCUGGACAUCUACGCCAACCAGCUGAUCACCGAGGGUGUGGUGACGGCCGAGGAGGUGAAGAGCGUGAAGGACAAGUACGAGAAGAUCUGCGAGGAGGCGUUCGAGCAGGCCAAGAUCGAAACGCACAUCAAGUACAAGGAUUGGAUCGAUUCGCCGUGGUCGGGCUUCUUCGAGGGUAAGGACCCGCUGAAGGUGGCCCCGACCGGUGUGAUCGAGGAGACGCUGGUGCACAUUGGCAACCGGUUCUCGUCGCCACCGCCGAACGCGGCCGAAUUCGUCAUCCACAAGGGUUUGCUGCGUGUGCUGGCCGCCCGCAAGGAGAUGCUGGAGAACAAGACGAUCGACUGGGCGCUGGCGGAAGCGAUGGCGUUCGGCUCGCUGCUGAAGGAGGGCAUCCACGUGCGCCUGUCCGGCCAGGACGUGGAGCGUGGCACCUUCUCGCACCGGCACCACGUGCUGCACCAUCAGACGGUGGACAAGGCGACGUACCGGCCGCUGUGCCACCUGUACCCGGACCAGGCACCGUACACCGUCUGCAACAGCUCGCUGUCCGAAUUCGGUGUGCUCGGAUUCGAGCUCGGCUACUCGAUGACCAACCCGAACGCGCUCGUCUGCUGGGAGGCGCAGUUCGGCGACUUCAACAACACCGCACAGUGCAUUAUCGACCAGUUCGUGUCGUCCGGCCAGGCCAAAUGGGUGCGCCAGAGCGGUCUGGUGAUGCUGCUGCCCCACGGCAUGGAGGGCAUGGGCCCGGAGCAUUCGUCGGCCCGCGUCGAGCGGUUCCUGCAGAUGUGCUCGGACGAUCCCGACUACUUCCCGCCCGAGUCGGAGGAGUUUGCCAUCCGGCAGCUGCACGACAUCAACUGGAUCGUGGCGAACUGCUCCACCCCCGGCAACUACUUCCAUCUGCUGCGGCGCCAGAUUGCGCUGCCGUUCCGCAAGCCGCUGAUCGUGCUGACGCCCAAGUCGCUGCUGCGUCAUCCGGAGUGCAGGAGCAACUUCAGCGAGAUGACCGAUGGAACUGAGUUCAAGCGAUUGAUUCCGGAUGCACUGACCGCCGAAAACCCGAACCAGGUGAAGCGUGUCAUCUUCUGUACCGGCCGUGUGUACUACGACCUGCUGAAGGCGCGCCGUGACCGCAAGCUGGAUCACGACAUUGCUAUCAGCCGCAUCGAACAGAUUUCGCCCUUCCCGUACGAUCUGGUGAAGGCCGAGUGCGCCAAAUACCCGAACGCUGAGCUGGUCUGGGCCCAGGAGGAACACAAGAACCAGGGCUGCUGGACGUACGUGCAGCCGCGCUUCGACACCGCGAUCAACUCGACCCGUGAUUUCAGCGCGCAAGAAGAAAAGCUUGUGCAGCAGAAAACCAGCCAAGGAUUCAAUAUCCCGCAGGGUACCUUUAACUCUCCGACGAGCGGUUCCGCGGCCAGCAAGGGUCGCAAAGUGCGAAUCUCAUCGCGACCACUUAGCUAUGUUGGACGUCCUUGUGGUGCAUCUACUGCAACGGGCUCGAAGGCCCAACACUUGAAGGAAUUGAAAAAUCUGCUGGACGACGCGAUGGCCUUGUAAAUUACACGUUCGUGCUGUAAACGCGGGGAAGAAGGAGGGGUUGUUCACUGUUUACUGCUGGUACCGGAUGGAGCAUCCUCUGGAGCAAAAACCACCACCACGCACUAUACACCCCUGCGGACGACUAACGCUGGCCGGAACCCGCCACCAGAACGUGGACCUUUUUAAUGUUGUUCCCUCCCCUUGGUUUGAUCAUCACCCUUUUUUUGAUCAAUAACGAUAACGAAUGGUACACACACACAGGGAUCAUCUAGCACGAUCGGCAGCAACGUUAUGCGUGUGCGUAUGUGUGUGUGCAGCGCGCUGGACUCUCCUAUACAUAUAUUAUUACGAUAUUACGAAGUGAAACACUCUCACACACACAGGAUAAUACACCCUUCGACAUCCUAACGAGAGGCGGCAGCAGCAGCAGCAGCAGUAGUUGGCGACUCAUGCGCGCGCCCCCUUUUAUUGCUUACGCUCGGUUAUUUAUGAAGUUUUCGCUAGUUUUUAGUAGUUCUAUUUAAACACGAAGGCAGGUAGUGUACGGGGGUUUGCGAAAGUGAAAGCGACACACAAAACCAGUAGAGAAAUACAUUUAAAUCCAUUAUUACACGCUCGCUCUGCAAGGUGAAUAAGUGCAAGGUGUCCAGUAGGAGGAUUUUUUUUGUACUUUUGCUUCUUGCGUAACACAAAGCCCUAUCAACACUACUACUAGUACUACUACUACUACUACUGCUACCCUAAACCCCUAAUUGUAAUAGUUUUCACUAGGAAGAAACAAAAGGAAAAUCAAAAAUGUAAAGCUCAUCUCUGAAAAGAGGAUAGUAAUUUACCUUCAAUACAUAGAGACACUCACGGGCUAGAGUACAAUACACAUACGCGCGCAUAUGAGUAUAUAGAUACAUUUAUUUUAAUUAAUUAGGAAACAAGAGAAGGAAUUAGCGAGAGAGAGAGAGAGAGGGAUAGUGAUGCUGCCUAAUGGCAGGCAGUGUUGUACGUGUGUGUCCUAUUUGAUUGCUUUUUUGUUUGUUUUCAAAAAAGGAUAAAAAGAAAGCCGCAAGCAAUUUAAGAGGGCGACACACAACAUAUUUAUUUAUAUACAUUCAUAUUUUUUUUCCGCCCCCUCGUUUCGCUGUAGUAGGAAUGACUUUCGCAGGAAUCUAGUAAAACAGAAAAUAAUAGUAGAAAUAACAGAUAAAUUGGGCGCGCUCUAGUUUCACUUUUAUUUUGUUUGUUGGGUGGUAGGAUAGGAUUCAGCCACGUGACACACGAGCUCUCGUCUCACGAGUGUGUUUGUUGAAAGAGGGAAUUACACAGUCGUCGAUACAGUGAAAUAACGGGCAGUCUGUUGCGCGUCAAUAAAUUGCACACAGAUGAA